UCAGUCUAUGCGUACAGUUCAUCCACAUCAUUUGAAACUCUACUACGUCUGACAGGAAGUCGUCACCACGCGGUCACGUCACUUUACUCCAACACGGAAGAGAUCGUCAUCGUAAAAGCUAUCGUUUAAAGCCUGAUCAUGUCGUGGAUAAGGGAAGGUGAAUUAAACCUGCUUGAAAAGAUUUCAGCCAAUAUCCUGAAGGCUGGACCCAUGCCUAAACAUGUGGCCUUCAUCAUGGAUGGUAACCGUCGCUUUGCACGUAAAAAAAACAUGGAGCGCCAGGAAGGGCAUAUGCAGGGCUUCAACAAGCUGGCAGAGACAUUACGUUGGUGUAAGCAUCUGAACAUCCAAGAGGUUACAGUGUACGCCUUCAGCAUCGAAAACUUCAAGCGCACCAAAAACGAGGUGGAUGGGCUAAUGGAGCUGGCCAGGCAGAAAUUUGAAAAGCUGCUGGAGGAACGGGACAAUCUGGAGAAGCAUGGUGUGUGUAUCCGGGUGCUGGGCGACUUGAAUAUGCUGCCACUCGACCUUCAGCAGCUGAUUGCCAAAGCUGUGGUCACAACCAAGGCGCACAAUAAUGAUGUUUCAGAGCCGUUGCUAAGUGAGUGUUUGUACAGCAGUAAUUCUCCCAAUCCUGAUCUGCUUAUCCGUACCUCCGGAGAGGUGAGACUCAGCGACUUCCUUCUUUGGCAGACUUCCCACUCCUGUCUAGUGUUUCAGUCGGUUCUGUGGCCGGAGUACUCAUUCUGGAACUUGUGUGAUGCCAUUCUUCAAUAUCAAUUAAAUCACAAAUCCAUUCAGAAAGCCAGAGACGUCCAUCGAGAGCAACAGGCCUUACAGCAGCUAGAGGCGGAUCGUGCCUGUGUAGCAGAGCACCUGCAGCAUCAUGGGAAUGGAAAGCCUGCAGACGCCCAGAGAAGACAAGAGGCACUGCUGCACUACACCACCUGCCGGGAAGAACGGAUUCAGGACUUCCUAGAAGCACUAAAGCACAAGAGAGACUCUUUCUUUAAUGACUUAUGGAGCGACGCCAUCUUGGCCUAGGAAGCCUCCAAACAAACGCCAUGUUAAAGUGGGAAUGAAACCUCUCCUGUCCUCUUCCUGGAAAAAGGGAAGAGUGAACAGUAACUGGGAAUGGUUUUAAUUGUGUUACUGAUUUGUACAAGACAAAGGCCAUUUUACCCCUAUGGGGCUGUAGAAUAAUUGAUAUUUAUGAUUGUAGAUUUAAAAAAAAAAGUCUAAUACAUGUCUGGUCAAGAUAUAGUUAAGUAAUUGUGUAAAGUGUGUUUCAAAUGCAUGCCAUUGAUUGGAAGAUCAAAUUAUAUGAGUAAAAGCCAGGGAUCCUGUGUUUUGGAAACAUUCCCAAAUCAGCCGUCCAGAAUAAUAUAAGUCAGUACAGUUUUGCAUUUUUGUUGUGGCUCAAAGAAAGUGUUGAGUGUGAUGAUGGGUGUGAUUUUGAUGGCAUAACUAGAUUUUGACCAGCUUUCUUAAACAGAAUAAAGCGAUUGCUGUAUGUCAAAAUAUGAGUAAA